GGGGAGCUGCCAGCGCGGUGAGUGGGGUCGCGGCUCUGCCCGUCCUGCGGGCGCUGCAGGGGGAGCGAGGCGCCUCUGCGGGGUCCCAGCGCGUGGGUGUCCCGGGGCGCGCGCCGCUUUGCCGCUAGCGCCGCCCGGCGCCUUAGCUCGUGUCGCUCCCCUCGGCGGCUGUGCUGUGCUGGCGGAAGGGCGCUGGCCCAGGCCGCGAGAAGAGGCUGGGGCUGCAGAAAGGAAACCGGCCCAGCGCUGCCCGGAGUGCGGGGCACCCGCCGGGGAGGGAUCUUGGCGACGAGCCGCUUUUUAAUGCGGAUUAGUGGCCCUGAGUUGUGUGUCUAGACGGGCUGAGAAGCGGCUGCCCCCCCCCCCCCAGGUGUGUGUGAUGAGUUGCCCGGGGAGUGGAGGGACCCCGAUCUCGAGUUCUAACCGUGGGCUCUUUGCUGAGGGGUUAGCUGGCGCUUCUUGCACUGUAGAGUUGGAGGCGUUGGUCUGGCAAAACAAGCCUUGAGGUUGGCAGCUUGGUUGUGUUUCUGGAAGGGAGGGGUAAGGUGGGGGAUGAGAGUCCGGUAAGGGCUGCGUGGGAGAGGAUUCUGGUGGCUUUAUAUUUAAACCACUUGAUACCAGUAAAGGUAUCUGAAAAAUAUUCUCCAAGAUGAACUUCUUCCUGGAAACACUCAAAGUCCUGGUGCUCUCAAUAUAUUUCCUGUUGGAAUCUCUAGUGUUGUUGUUUGUUCCUGUGCGAAAGAAGAAUGUUGCUGGUGAAAUAGUACUUAUAACAGGAGCUGGAAGUGGAAUUGGAAGACUUCUAGCAUUAAAAUUUGCCCGCCUUGGAGUCACCCUUGUUCUCUGGGACAUUAAUCAAGAAGGUAACAAGGAAACAAGUAAACUAGCUAGAGAAAAUGGAGCCGUGAGAGUGCAUGCAUACUUGUGUGACUGCAGCAAAAGGCAAGAGAUCUACAGAGUGGCAGAUCAGGUUAAAAAAGAAGUUGGUGAUGUUAGUAUCCUAAUCAACAAUGCUGGUAUUGUAACUGGAAAGAAGUUCAUUGAUUGCCCAGAUUCACUUGUGGAGAAAACCAUGGAGGUGAAUACCAUGGCACACUUCUGGACUUACAAAGCCUUCCUUCCAGCCAUGAUGGCCUCUAACCAUGGACACUUGGUUAGUAUUGCAAGCUCAGCAGGACUGAUUGGAGUCAAUGGGCUAGCAGAUUAUUGUGCAAGUAAAUUUGCAGCAGUGGGCUUUGCAGAAGCAGUUGGUUUAGAAAUGCUGGCUCUGGGGAAGACUGGCGUUAAAACCACUAUUGUGUGUCCUUACUUCAUCAACACAGGAAUGUUUGAUGGUUGUAAAACCAAGUGGCCACGUCUACUUCCUAUUCUAGAUUUGGACUAUGUAACUGAGAAGAUUGUGAGUGCUAUUCAACGGGAGCAAGUGUUUCUCAUGAUACCACGAAGCCUGUACCUUUUAUGUUGUAUGAAAAGUCUUUUGCCUGUGAAAAUGGGAAUACUCAUUGGAGACUACAUCGGGGCCUUCCAGUUCAUGGACCACUUCAGAGGUCGAGGGAAGAAGGACUGAAAAUAAAGAAUGAAAAUAUCCAAUACUAGCAGGUCUAAAUUAAUGGACCAGUUUAGAUUUUAAAAAAUGGCCUGCUAUUUCAGCGGCACAAGACUUGCCUUCUGUAUUACUUUGCCUCAUACUUUUGUUAGUUAACAGUUUCCAACACGAGCUGUCUCUCCUUCAUAUCUGUCCUCAAUGUGAUGCCUGUACAGAACUCAUUUAUCUAAAUGAGUUCUGUUCAUAGUCUCUUAUCCUUAUUGAAUGAGUAUGGGAUACAAACUAACCACAAUUGGCACCUAUAUGGGUAUUCUCAGUUAAGGAACAGGGUGUAAUGGGCUGGGAAGCUGAGUUGACUUUGCAUGCCUUCAAGAUAGUCCCCUCCAGAACAAUAUUAUUGUUAGGGUUGUCUGAGAAAGCUUAACUUUGUCAUUGCCUUCACUGUUAGGUUGAUGAUUGGAAGUAUUUAACUAUCAAUUUCCUGAGCUGUUUGGCAUCUCUUACAAGCACUAAAAUUCACGUUCAGAAAAUUAAGUAAAAUGGCAGUUGUACACACUGAAAAUAUUUUCCAUAGCUGUGAUGUUGAUUCACUAAUCAAAUACAUCUGAAUGGUAAUAAACAAUUGACUCUUAAUGUCUAUGGAAAAAAUUCCAAUAGCCAGUGAUUAUAGAUGUAUCCCUUCCAGAAAUGGGCUGAUAACAAUUGUACAUGCUUGUCUGAUUACAAUUAACUUUUAAAUAAAUGCCCAUAUUUUUAA